UGCUUUUUAUUGUUCCUGAGAUCUCUCCGUCCCGCAGUGAAGUGUGAAGGGUUUUUAUUUUUUCUCCGUCUAGAAAAAGCAUUUCAAAAGACCUCAACUUUUACCUCUUGUCUGCCAUUAUAGAGCCAUAAAUAUAACACUUCCCCCACCCCCCACCCCUUGUUCCUAGCUCACCCACCUCUCUCUGGGUUUUUACUAAGCUAGCCGGAAAGUCAGUCUCCCGGCUGUUUUUCCGGCGCUUGGGUGUCCUUCUUUUAUUACUCUUCGUCUUUUUGAGCAUUUAAAGCUCAUAUCUCUGUCUCCCUAUUUGAACUCUGAAAAGAAUGGGUUGAUAUGUGAUUUUCUUUACUGGUUUCUGGCUUUGAAACUCCUGUUCUCUCUUGGGUUCUCGUAAGAUACUGUUUCUUUGCAGCAGUGUCUGAGAAAGCUCGUUAUUUGGAACUUAGUUUGUUCUGUUAUAGUGUCAUUACUUUCUGGCUUUGCUGAAACCAUUUACUGGUUCUUUAACUCGAUUCCGGUCCUUGUCAUAGCAGAGCAGAGAUUACAAUAUUUUCACUCUCUCUCUUUCUCUCUCUAAAUUUCCAAGUUUCUAUCUGGGUUCUUCGUUUAGCUGAUUUUCCCUCUGGAUUUUCUUUUUAUUGUUUUUUUUCGGUGGAACCCUCUCUCUCUCUCUAAAUCCAGUUGAUUUACUCCGAAAGAAAAGAAAAAGAAAAUGAUCACCGGAACCGAUCUGUAUCACGUUCUCACGGCCGUUGUGCCUCUAUAUGUUGCUAUGAUCCUUGCUUACGGUUCAGUGAAAUGGUGGAAGAUUUUCAGUCCCGAUCAAUGUUCGGGUAUAAAUCGCUUUGUUGCUCUAUUCGCUGUUCCUCUGCUUUCCUUUCACUUCAUCUCAACCAACAACCCGUACACCAUGAACCUAAGAUUCAUUGCUGCUGAUACACUUCAGAAGAUCAUGGCAUUAACAGUCCUGGCAAUCUGGUCCAGAGUCAGCUCGAGAGGUUCUCUCGAGUGGUCAAUAACACUCUUUUCCCUUUCUACUCUGCCCAACACUCUUGUUAUGGGUAUUCCCCUUCUGAAGGGUAUGUAUGGAGAUUUCUCAGGGAGUUUAAUGGUUCAGAUCGUUGUUCUCCAAUGCAUAAUAUGGUACACUUUGAUGCUCUUCUUGUUCGAGUACAGAGGAGCUAGGCUUCUCAUUGUAGAACAGUUCCCCGACACGGCUGGUUCGAUCAUUUCCUUCAGAGUGGACUCCGAUAUUAUUUCCUUAGAUGGAAAAGAACCUCUCCAGACCGAAGCCGAGGUCGGUGAGGAUGGGAAGCUUCAUGUUACAGUGAGGAAAUCAACCAGUUCCCGUUCAGAGAUUUUCUCUCGACGGUCACAUGGGCCUAACUCCGGUGUUUCGUUGACUCCCAGACCGUCGAACUUGACGAAUGCAGAGAUUUACUCGCUGCAGUCAUCCAGAAAUCCAACACCGAGGGGCUCGAGCUUCAACCACACUGAUUUUUAUUCCAUGGUGAAUGGAAGGAAUGCCAACAGCAUAAGUCCCAGACAGUCGAAUUUCGGGAACCUGGCUUUCGACGAGGAGAACGGGAUGGGUGGAUUCACGAAUCCUCCCAGAGCAAAUGGGAUCUUUUCACAGGGGAAUCCGGUGCAGGGUGCAGGGUAUCCUGCCCCGCCAAGUGCGGGAAUAUUUUCGCCAGCUGCCGGACCUGGGGCGAAGAAGAAGGCAAAUGGGACCGAUGGGGGGAAAGAUCUCCACAUGUUUGUUUGGAGCUCCAGUGCUUCCCCCGUCUCUGAAGGGGGAAUUCAUGUCUUCAGAGGAGGGGAUUUUGGGAAUGAACAUGGUGUAGGUCAUCCUGCAGAAAAUCAUACUAAAGAUUACGAAGAAUUUGGCCGGGAUGAGUUCAGCUUCGGGAACAGGCCGGGCUCCCAAGUGGCUGAGCGAGAUGGACCGACCUUGUCAAAGCUGGGUUCAAGCUCUACGACCGAGCUCCACCCUAAGGCUGCGAUGCAAGGCGACGCCAAGUCCUCAUCCAUGCCGCCUGCCAGUGUUAUGACCCGGCUCAUCCUGAUCAUGGUUUGGCGUAAACUCAUUAGGAAUCCCAACACUUACUCCAGCCUCAUUGGCCUCACCUGGUCCCUGGUUUCUUUUAGGUGGGGGAUUGAGAUGCCAGCCAUUAUAGAUGGUUCGAUUAAAAUCCUUUCUAACGCCGGUCUCGGAAUGGCCAUGUUCAGUCUUGGGUUGUUUAUGGCAUUACAGCCAAGAAUCAUUGCUUGUGGGAACUCAGUUGCUUCCUUCGCUAUGGCUGUCCGGUUCCUCACGGGUCCUGCAGUCAUGGCUGCAGCCUCCAUUGCCGUUGGUCUGCGAGGAGUUCUCUUACAUGUCGCCAUCGUACAGGCAGCUCUUCCCCAGGGAAUUGUACCCUUUGUGUUUGCCAAGGAAUAUAAUGUGCAUCCGGACAUACUGAGCACUGGGGUUAUCUUUGGAAUGUUGAUAGCUCUGCCCAUAACCCUAGUCUACUACAUCUUACUGGGUCUUUGAGAGGGGGGUAUGGGAGAGGGAUGCUGUGACCUGUGACUGGGAGGAGUCUCUUCAUACUGUAAAGAUAACCCUUUGUUGGGUUUUUCGUUUUUUUUGCUUGUCCAAGUGUCUAACAAAACAGCUGAGGAGAGGGAGAGAGAAAAGAGGUGUAACGAAGGACCAUUUGACUGAAGAAUGAAAAAAAGAAAAAAAAGCUGAGAGGGAGGAACAAGGGCGUGACCGUUGGACUAGAUUUUUGAAUAUUUUCUCUGUUCUUUUCUAAUCUUUUUUUCCUUGUUCUUUUGGAAUUGGAAAAAGCUAAGCAUGUCUGUAGUUGAGAUGCCUUCUACUUUAAAUGUGAAAAUGGUUAUCUGGAAGCUGUGACAGAGGCCUUCUUUUGACGAUUACUUUAGAGCAUCUGUCGCUUGUCAUUCACUGCCCAGGUCACAAAUAUGUGCUUCUUGGGGUUUCCUUUUUACUUUGCUUCCUCCCUGUAUUUUAGUAUGCAAAAGUUUCAAGCUCAACUGACCUACUCCACUGAAUUGUUUCCA